AAAAAGGAGAGGCGACGGGGUGGAGCAGCAGGGGGAGAGAAAGUAGUGGCCUGGGCGUGCUCCGCUCGCGCGACGAGGGAGGGAGGCGAUGGAGGGCGCCCCGAGGGCAAACACGCGGCGCCGCCGGCUGGUCGAGAGGGGAUCAGAUCGCCUGGCCUUCAUCACCGGCCAGACGCGCGACCUCCCCCCCGACCCCUACCCAGAUUCACCGGUUGCCGAGCCCCGUCUACAACCCAAGCAUAAGAGCCACAGUAGCGAAGGCGACCUACUCCACAAAUUCAACGCAAGCAGUGCAGUUUCUGAGAUCCAGCCAGUAUAUGAGCCGCCGUUGCUGCGGAGCCGUGAUGAUGAAACCCUCAACAAGAGGACUUAUGAUUAUGGAGCAGCAACUGUGCAGCCUAAGAGGGACAUGGAAAUGAGACCCAGAUCUGUGCCUCCGAGGGACAUGGGAUCUGUGCCUCCGAGGGACAUGGAAAUGAGACCCAGAUCCGUGCCCCCAAGCCAGCCUAACCAAGCAGACGACUCAUCUUGGUCUCUGGAAACUCUGAAGCAACUCGUGGAUUUCACGCCGCAGGAGAUCACCCAGGCCAUCUCAGCCACAGAGCUCAACCGCUGCUUAGCAUCCAUUCUCAUCGCCUUCAUUGUGGUUCUUUCGAACUGGGGGCUGGACGUUGGUGGCACCAUCAGCAGAGUACUGGUUUGCACAAGGCCGCUCCUGUUCCUCAUCAUAACGAACGUAACCAUCGUCAUGUCGUUGCUGAUGGAGAACAGGGACCCCAAUGCGAGGGGCAGACAGGCCGGCAUCAGCCUUGGUUCUGAUGGCUUAGGGCUGAUGCUGGAGCUCGGGAUGCUGCUACAGAAGGCGUCUGAAGCUAUGCUGAUGGACUUCAGCAUUUGCGCUGUCAUCAUGAUCUGUUUUCUUUGAUUCUGAACACCCUGGUCAUGUUUUCUUGGAUUCUGAAGAGAAUUUAGAUAGUUUGCGGAAGCGCAUGUAGAAUUUCUUUUUUCUUUUGUUGCUAUAUCGUACUCUUAUGUCUAUUUAUCUGAUCUUGUAACAUCGUCUCUGGCUGGAUUUUGAUUUACUUUUGUACCACUGUUUCGUUUGUAUAUACGCUUAUACAGUUCACUGGGACCGAGUUCAUCCAGGAUUCCAGGCCUACUA